AUGUCAAUCGAUAUAAAGCAGUUACCAAGGUGGUACUUUGGUGGUCUAGCAUCAGCAUGCGCAGUUUGCGUCACCCAUCCUCUAGAUCUUAUAAAAGUCCACUUACAAACCCACAAAGGCCGCGCCAUUAGUCUUCUUCAAAUAACUGGCUCUAUAAUAAAGAAUGAAGGAAUUCUGGCUUUAUACAAUGGAAUAUCAGCUUCAAUCUUCAGACAACUGACCUAUUCGACCACUAGGUUUGCCAUUUACGAUUACGCUAAAGCGAAUAUAGAUAUGAGUAGUUUUACCACAAAAAUGGCAGUAGCUGCAGUUGGAGGAACAGUUGGAGGUUGGGUAGGUGCUCCCGCAGAUCUAGUUAAUGUCAGAUUACAGAACGAUAUGAAGCUACCAAAAAAACAGAGAAGAAACUAUAAACAUGCUAUCGAUGGAGUAUACCGAGUUAUCAAAACUGAAGGACUACCACGAUUAUUCACCGGUUCUUCCACAGCUUCAAUGAGAGCUGGUGUUUUAACUAUUGGACAAAUUGCUGUUUACGACCAUUCCAAAUAUCUUUUUUUACGUUUACAAUUGUUUAGAGAUAAUAUAGUGACGCACGUUCUUGCUAGUUUUAUAGCAGGAAUCGCAGUUACCAUCCUGGCACAACCUCUGGAUGUAUUGAAGACGAGGCUGAUGAGUGCGAAAAAAGGAGAAUUCGCUGGUAUUAUGCAGUGUGUUGUAUUAACUAAUAAAGAAGGAAUGAAGGCAUUUUAUAAAGGCACUAUUCCAGCCGCUGUGAGACAUGUUCCUAAUGCUGUAAUUAUUUUUAUAAUUUAUGAAAAACUGACGUAUAAUUAUGGGUAUAUUCAGAUAAAGUACAAAAAAUAG